AUGCCUGCUAAUGAUACAUGUGCUGGGCCAGAUGGAUAUAAGACAGAUUUUCGAUAUUUUAUCUAUGCAGUGACAUAUACUGUAAUUCUUGUACCAGGUCUCAUAGGAAACAUAUUAGCCUUAUGGGUAUUUUAUGGCUAUAUGAAAGAAACCAAACGGGCUGUGAUAUUCAUGAUAAACUUAGCCAUUGCUGACUUACUACAAGUUCUCUCCCUGCCACUGAGGAUCUUUUACUACUUGAAUUAUGACUGGCCAUUUGGGCCUGGCCUCUGCAUGUUCUGUUUCUACCUGAAGUAUGUCAACAUGUACGCAAGCAUCUACUUCUUGGUCUGCAUAAGUGUGCGACGAUUUUGGUUUCUCAUGUACCCCUUUCGCUUCCAUGACUGCAAACAGAAAUAUGACCUAUACAUCAGCAUUGCUGGCUGGUUGAUCAUCUGCCUUGCCUGUCUGCUCUUCCCUCUCCUCAGAACCAGUGACGACACUUCAGGCAACAGAACCAAAUGCUUUGUGGAUCUUCCUACCAGGAAUGUCAAUCUGGCCCACUCUGUUGCCAUGAUGACCAUUGGCGAGUUGAUUGGGUUUGUCACUCCUCUUCUGAUUGUCCUAUAUUGUACCUGGAAGACAGUUUUAUCACUGCAUGAUAAAUAUCCUGUGGCCCAGGAUCUUGGGGAGAAAAAGAAAGCCUUGAAGAUGAUUCUAACCUGUGCAGGAGUAUUCCUAAUUUGCUUUGCACCUUAUCACUUCAGUUUUCCCUUAGAUUUCCUGGUCAAGUCCAACAAAAUUCAGAGCUGCCUAGCCAGAAGGGUGAUUCUAAUAUUUCAUUCUGUUGCCCUCUGUCUUGCUAGUCUGAAUUCCUGUCUUGACCCAGUCAUAUACUACUUCACCACUAAUGAGUUCAGAAGACGACUUUCAAGACAAGAUAGCAUCCAACUCCAUGCAAAAUCAUUUGUAAGCAACCAUACCACUUCUACUCUGACAACUGAAUUAUGCUAA